GCCCUCAUUUUCCUUGCCAGUUUUUCUUCUCGAGACCACCGGAACGGGAAUAAUCCUCCUGCGCCGCCACCGUUUUCGCCGACCAUGGCCUCCGCUGCCAGCACCGCCGCCACCGGGGCCCCGCUGCGCCUGCUAUCCUCCUCCUCCGCCCGUCUCUCCAAGCCCAUCCUUCCCCGCCCUCACUGCCUCACCCUCUACUCCCCCAUCUCAUUCCAGCGCCUCACAGCCCGGUCCGCGGCCUCCCCGUCCCCCUCCACCACUUCCUCCUCCCCAUCGGGCUCCGGCUCCGGCUCCGUAGACCCGUCGCAGCUACCCCCAGCGCUCCGCGACAUCGUCGGCCUCUUCCAGUCCGUCCCCGACGCGCGCACCCGGUACAAGCAGCUCCUCGCCUACGCCUCGCGGCUGCCGCCCAUGGACCCGGCGCUCAAGACCGAUUCCAACCGCGUCCGGGGGUGCGUCUCCCAGGUCUGGGUCCACGCCGAGCCGGAGGAGGGCGACGGCGGCGGCCGCAGCGUCAGGUUCCACGCCGACUCCGACGCGCAGCUCACCAAGGGCCUGGCCGCGCUGCUCGUGCUCGGGCUCUCCGGUGCGCCCGCGGCGGAUGUGGCCAAGGUGCCCGUGGAGUUCAUUGAGCUGUUGGGGAUAAGGCAGAGCCUCUCGCCCUCCAGGAACAGUGGUCUGCUCAACAUGCUCAACCUCAUGAAGCUCAAGGCCCUUGAGAUCGCCGGAGACACCGGCGGUGACUCGACGACGGGCCAACAAUCAGUCCAAGAGGUUGCAGAACCACGUGCCAAUGGCAUGGAGAACAAAGGGUCCGAAUUUGCCGCGUUCGGUGUGCAAGAGGAGGAGAAAUCGGUGGCAGAUAUGCCUAAUGAGGAGGAACAAUUGGUGGAAGUUCCAGAUAAUUUUGUUGAAGGGAAUGGUUCUUCUUUGGGGGGUGGGAGGAAAGAGAGGAUAAGGGAGAGUCUGGAGCGCGCGCUGUCGCCCGUGGAGUUGGAGAUUGAGGACAUAUCGCACCUCCACAAGGGCCAUGCUGGGGUGGCUGGUAGCAAUGGGGAGACACAUUUCAAUGUGAGGGUGGUGUCGAAGGAAUUUGAGGGGAAGAGCUUGCUCAAGAGGCACAGGGCUGUGUAUGAUCUCCUGCAGGAUGAGCUUAAGACUGGCUUGCACGCACUGUCAAUUGAUGCAAAGACUCCAUCCGAAGUUUAGGUACUAGCUUACGAUGGAAAACAUGUUUUUUUGCUAUGCCUACAUGAUUUUUAGACUUCAUCCGUUGACAUUUGCUUCCCAACAUAAGAGGGCUCAGUGUUACAUAUACAUAUUUUCGCUUGUCUCAAAACCUUUCUGUCACCUAUACAACCAUUAAAUCUGCAGUGUUUGUUCUUGCGGCAUGUCAAAAUUUCCGCCAGCUAUUUAAUGUAACAUUUUAAUGUUGUUAAACAUUUGGAUGCAAAUGAAAUAUUUGCCAAUUCUGGUCA